GUUUUAUUUUAUGUAUUCACAAACGUUACAACUACGCGUCGACUAUGCACCCGCAUUCGCAAAAGCCACAUCCUACACGCGUCAUACAUUAUCACUCGUCUCGCAGGCCCCCCUCAAGGAAGGCCCUUGCGUACCGAUUACCGAAUUAUAAUCUCUCUUUUUCUCGAGUCCCCUAAGCCGGCGUUCGCAAUUUUCUCUCUCUCUCUCUCUGUAUGUGUGUAUGUGUGUACAAGCGUAUGUGUAUAUCUAUAUAUAAGUAUGUAUCCUUGCUCUUUCUCUAUUUACAGGUCGACGCGCGAUGCGUUUAAUAUAUCCUGCGAAGCCACGUGGACCGGUCGGGCUGAUAUAUCUCGUCCUCGUCGACCCGAGGAUCUCUCCCGCGGCUCCUGCCGAUCCAGGCGGCUCCGUGUCGGAAUUUGAAAAAAUAUGUGGCAUAUUGUAUCUUCAACGAAAGGCUUGGACUUGUCCGGAAGUCAAAGUUCUUCUCGAAGGCACUAUUGUAACGCGAACGGAAGUUAACGCGGCCCGGAGGAAAGUCACGCCCUUUUCCCGAGCCGGUGUUUCUUGCCCCAGUAUCUACCGCGAGUCGAUCACAUCCGGUGUGGUAUAUCCGCAAAGCCAGACCGCGGCCGGACGUGGUUCUCCAAGGUUCUCCGAUCGAUCGGCCGCUCAUCCACCAACGGCGACAACGGUCGCCGAGAGGUUCGUCGAUUGUUUUCCUUUCAAUUUCGCAAAAGAUACCGAGGAAGGGUAUCCUCCGCUAGCAAUCGGUUUAAAGCGACUAGACUUUUGUAACAAUUUUCGCACAAACGCAACGCGAUCCUGUCGAUUCGACUGAUCGAUGAUGACUGUUCAGAAGGAAAAUUGACGAAGCGAGCUAAUUUCGCUGUAUCUUGUGUAAGUAUCGUAACGGGACGUACGAAAUGAAUAACGAGAUAAGGGUAAGAAAUAGUAGGCGAUUACUAAAUGACAUGUUAACAUAACAUGGAUAUUGAGUAGUGAUAUAAGUAACAUAUCUUGAGAUCGGAUCGCGAUUGCUCAAUGUUGUGUGAUGGCAAAAAAAACGCACGGAUUAGUUUGCGUAAUGAAUUUUGCGCUCGUUCCUUUCACACCGCCCGCGCCGAGGAUGCCUCUUAGUAAAAAUUAUGCAUUCCUGUGCUCGUUUAAGGAGGGAUCUCAUCAACAAAUUCCGUCUCUUUCAACUCGACGGCUUUAAUCUGCUUUCUUUUUUUCGACGUGUCAUUAAUAAAAAAAAAAAAAGAAAAACAAAAUCGAAGGCUACGUAUCAAGACAUAUAAAAAUGGCACUAUUACAAAAUGGUAACGUUAUAAAUAUAAUUCUAUUUAACAGAGCUAUUCAACGGAUGAUCUUGGAGUGAUUAUCUCGUUGAGCGAAACGUAACGAGCGAUUACAAUCAAAUUAUUGAAAGAUUGUAACAAAAGGCGAAAAAGAACAAGGUAUACAGAACUGAAGUAACAGAUCUAAAGCCCAAGGACCUUACAAAGCUAGAUAAGAAAGAUGUGUCCAACCGGAGAGUAGCGAAAAUGAUUCAAAAGUAUUUAUGGUCCCUCCUAAAACGCAUCGCAUCUCCACAUCUCGGUACAUAAACAUAAUCAUCUCUUGCGAUCUCUAGUAGUGUAUAUAAUCUUUAUAUGAAAUAUUUUUUUUUAUACAUUUUCUUAAAGUUAAAGUCAGCAACCAAUAAACCUCACCCGAUUUUUAGCAUAA